AUGGCUUUCCAUCAACCUACCCGGCGGCCUUCGCAGCAGCGUGCUGCCCGCCCUGUGCAAGAGGAGGAUCGCGACAUUCCUCAACUCCACGUUCAAGACCCUGCUGCUACCGAUGCCUCCCACUCGUGGGUACUCUUCGAACCGGCCGAUGACACGACGACAGCUUCUUCCUACCUCAGCGAAGAGGAAGAGUCACUUCCCACACCGGGUCGAUCAAGACUCAGUGACAUAGGUAGCCUCAACACGUUCCUACACUCGGCCCGCGACACAGAGUCCCGGCAGUCGGGUGUCCUCUCAAGUGCCAUCGAUGAAGAAUCAGUCGAGGACGAUGCUGAGCUCGACAGCCUCGACAGCCAUCUCCCCGAAUUCAGGACGAUCCCAAGCCUUUACACACAUUCUGCUGGUGCUGCUGGGGCGCAAAGUGUCCCCGUACUCCCCACACAUGAUGGCCUGGGCUCGUUCAGGCUAGACAACCCAGAGGUCCAGGAGCAGCUCUAUGCAUUUGAGAGAUUCAACCCCAGACAUGUACGAAGGCGCCGCGAGAGUCUUGAGCUAGCCCAGCUUGAGAUGGAAAUAGAGGAGGAGCAAGAGACACACAAGAUGCAGAGAAUCGAAGCUUGGCGACUGGAGCAGAGUCGCAUCUUAUUAGAGGAAAUUAGUAGGGAGACUAGACGGCGGCGGCAGUCCAUGGUCUCAGUCAGGCCAACGGUGACGACAGAAGAGAAGAAGGCCGAGGAUGUUGCAAGCUUGAGUGUCAUCGGAAAUGAAGACGAUGCUGACAGCAUGGACUGGCACUACGAGUCGACUGACACCCAGGACAAUGAGCGGGGCCUGCUCGCCAGGAUCACCCACAAGGUUCUCAACGACCUGGGCAUCGACGAGAGGUUACUCUCAAUCUUGCUCGGAGAACAACUGCCGUCAGACGAUGACUUGUCAACAACUCCCAAGACAGGCGCAGAUUUAUCCAACCCACCCACUCAACAGUCCAAUGACUCAUCUUGGCAGCUGCGGGCGUUGGAUCGUGUCGCAAAAGAGCUUGGCCUGAUGGUCAAUCAGCUUUCGCCGCAUAAUCAUCCUGGUGCCUUCUCAACUUACACUCGCAUGCAGCAAAUGCCUAUUCCUUACGCAGGCCUGCCAGCUAUACCAGAGUCGAGCGCUGAUACGGCAAUGGCUCCCGUAGCACGAGAAGCAUCGACCAAGAUGCCUGAAUUCCAGCCAACAAUGGUUCAACACGCGCGCCCCAUCAAUAUCCCCGCUACCCGGCCCCAGUUGGAUCCUCCCGUCACUUUGACUAGGGAUGAGUCAACCCCAUUGCCUGCUACCUUUACCCAAGAGGAAUGGGAGCAAGACUUGGACGUCAACCUCGUCUUCAGGUACUUGCGAUCCCGCUUCAGCUCGCGGUCGACGCCUUCAUCUACUUUCACAACCGGUACUUCCCAUCUUGCCACUUCAAGCACGCCAGAUACAGCAGCUAAGGCCGCGCGGGUGCGCCAGCAUCACCCGCUCGUCUCCCGGGCCCGACAGGUAGAGCGGAGGACUUUCAAGGCGACGACACCAUCUAGCCCCGCCGCUAUAAGACACGCCUCCAGCUGUGCGAGUCAAAGUACGCGACGAUCGGCGAGACGGAGCAGCGUUUCAUCACGGCACUAUUGGGAUAUCGGAGGUUCUAUCGGAACGGGAUCAGUCAUCGCUUCGGUGGGCCCGAUGGGCAGCUGGGGCGAAGUCUGA